AUGGAUGGAACACUCACAAAGGUCAAGAUGGCCUACACACCUGACUCAAUCUGGCGCAAUCGCGAUACUUUCGUCAAGGGCCGUGACCAGAUUGAGAAAUUCUUGACGGACAAAUGGAGUCGGGAGCAUGACUACAAAUUGCGCAAGGAGCUCUUUGCUUUUGAUGACAAUAAGAUCGCCGUGCAGUUCUGGUAUGAGUUCCGUGAUGAUGAUGGGCAGUGGUGGCGAUGCUAUGGACUUGAGGACUGGACCUUUGAUGAGAAUGGCUUGAUGAAGAAGAGGCAGAUGAGCGGAAAUAAUGUCAAGAUCAGUGAGGAGGAUCGCUGGUUCAAGGACGGCGUUGACGUCAACACUGUCGAGAUUGGACCAGAGCACUGGUAG